AUGGGUUCUGUGAAUUCCCGAGGUCACAAGGCAGAAGCCCAGGUGGUGAUGAUAGGCCUCGACUCAGCUGGCAAGACCACGCUCCUGUACAAACUGAAGGGCUACCAGCUGGUGGAGACCCUGCCCACUGUUGGUUUUAACGUGGAGCCGCUCAGAGUCCCCGGGCAUGUGUCUCUGACCAUCUGGGAUGUGGGGGGGCAGACCCAGCUGAGGGCCAACUGGAAGGACUACCUGGAAGGCACGGAUGUCCUCGUGUAUGUGCUGGAUAGCACAGACGAAGUUCGCUUGCCCGAGGCGGUGGCUGAGCUCGUGGAAGUCCUGAAUGAUCCACACAUGGCCAGCGUCCCUUUCUUGGUCCUGGCCAACAAGCAGGAGGCGCCCGAUGCUCUGCCGCUGCUUGGGAUCAGAGACCGGCUGGGCCUGGAGAGAUUCCAGGACCGCAGCUGGGAGCUCCGGGCCUGCAGUGCCCUCACCGGUGCUGGGCUGCCCGAGGCCCUGCAGAGCUUGAGAAGGCUCCUGAAAUCCGGCUGCCACUGUGUCUCCCCGUGA